UUCACCUCACAAUCUCACACCACCACCGCUUCUCCAAACCCCCCAAAGCAAAAAAAAAUUCUCUCCUUCUUCUUCUUCUUAUUCGUCUGCAACACUUCUUUUUUGUUGGGAAUGGCCGUCGAUUCAACUACGCCGUCGGCGCUGGGCCCACCGGCGUGCGAGAAAGACAGGAAGGCGCUCGAGUUCAUCGAGGAGAUGACGAGGAAUGCCGACUCCGUGCAGGAGCGCGUCCUCGGCGAGAUUCUCCGGAGGAACUCCGACACCGAGUAUCUCCGCCGGUUCUGCCUCCACGGCGCCACCGACAGGGAGACGUUCAAGUCGAAGGUCCCCGUCGUCACUUACGAGGACCUCCUGCCGGAGAUCCAGCGUAUUGCCAACGGCGACCGCUCGCCCAUCCUCUCCUCCCACCCCAUCUCCGAGUUCCUCACCAGCUCCGGAACUUCAGCUGGGGAACGGAAAUUGAUGCCAGCUAUUGAAGAGGAUUUGGACCGUCGCCAGCUUCUCUACAGCCUUCUCACUCCCGUCAUGAACCUCUAUGUCCCGGGACUGGACAAAGGCAAGGCGCUCUACUUCUACUUCAUCAAGACCGAGUCAAAGACCCCGGGCGGCCUGCUGGCCCGACCGGUUCUAACCAGCUACUACAAGAGCGACCACUUCAAGAACCGGCCCCACGACCCGUACAACGUCAUCACCAGCCCCACGGAGGCAAUCCUCUGCGUCGACUCCUACCAGAGCAUGUACACCCAGAUGCUCUGCGGCCUCAUCAUGCGCCGCGACGUCCUCCGAGUCGGCGCCGUCUUCGCCUCCGGCCUCCUCAAGGCCAUCCGGUUCCUCCAGCUGAACUGGGAGCAGCUCGCCCGAGACAUCCGGACCGGCUCGCUCAACCCCAAGGUGACCGACCCGGCCAUCCGAAACUCCAUGACCAAAACCCUAACCCCGAACCCGGAGCUGGCCGAUUUCAUCGCCGAGUCAUGCUCGGAUACCAACUGGGAAGGGAUCGUCACCCGAAUCUGGCCCAACACGAAAUACCUCGACGUCAUCGUGACGGGAGCCAUGGCUCAGUACAUUCCGACCCUUGAGUACUACAGCGGUAAUUUACCGAUGGCCUGCACCAUGUACGCUUCCUCGGAGAGCUACUUCGGUCUCAACCUGGAGCCGAUGGUCAAACCGUCGGAGGUGACGUAUACUUUGAUGCCCAACAUGUGCUACUUCGAGUUCAUGCCACACGUGGAUGAUGACGUGGAGUCGGAGGAGCAGAAGAAGAAGCAGCUGGUGGAGCUGGCUGACGUGGAGGUGGGGAAGGAGUACGAGCUGAUCAUCACUACCUACGCUGGGCUGUGCCGGUACAAAGUUGGGGACAUCCUGCGGGUGACCGGGUUCCACAACGCGGCCCCGCAGUUCCGGUUCGUCCGGAGGAAGAACGUCCUGCUCAGCAUCGACUCGGACAAGACGGACGAGUCGGAGCUGCAGGCCGCGGUGGAGAGCGCGUCGGAGCUGCUGCUGAAGGAGUACGACACGAGAGUGGUUGAGUACACGAGCUACGCGGAUACAAACACAAUCCCGGGCCACUACGUGGUGUUCUGGGAGAUGAUGACGGCGAGCGGGAAGUUGCCGACGGAGGAGGUGAUGGAGAGUUGCUGCCUGGCGAUGGAGGAGAAGCUGAACUCGGUGUACAGGCAAGGUCGGGUGAUCGACUCGAUCGGCCCGCUGGAGAUCAGGGUGGUCCAGGGCGGGACGUUCGAGGAGCUGAUGGACUACGCGAUCUCCAGGGGCGCGUCGAUCAAUCAGUACAAGGUUCCGAGGUGCGUGAGCUUCACGCCCAUCAUGGAGCUGCUGGACGCGAGGGUUGUGUCCAAGCAUUUCAGCCCGUCGGUCCCGCGAUGGUCGCCGGAAAGACGGGGGUGAAUGGAGUGAAAACGGCGGAGCAGGCACUGGCCGGCGAUAAAUUAAUAUAAUAAUAAAGUUAUGAGAUUGACAAGGGUAAAGAUGUUAGCUGAUAUAGCUAAGCUGGUUGCUGCUGUUUCUUCUUGUUCUUUUAUCUUUUGUUUUUGACUGUAGCUUUUGAAGGUGCCACCUUUUUCUUUCUUUCUAUGCGUAUGUCUGCGUCUGUGUAAUAUCAAUAUGUAGCUAGUUAAUUAGUAUGAUGAUAUAACAGUAAUAAUAAAAGUAUGUUCUUGCU